UUGAACAGAAACUUGUACAGCUAGGAACGAGUGAAAUGAACUGUUAAGAUUUCUACAUCUACCCUGUAUUAUAUAUCCCCCUAAGCACCAGCUUGAAGUUGCAAAGCAGACAAGCAGUAGACCGAUGAGCUCCAGGCGCCCACAGCUUCACUUCAUCCUGCUACUGCUCACAUACUACUGCCCCAUCCGCAUCGCUGCCAACGGCGGCAAUGGAACCAGAGUCCAGUGCCUCCCUGAUCAGGCGUCGUCUCUCCUCCAGCUGAAGCACUCCUUUCACAACACCAACCUCUCUACCUGGCAGCAGGGCUCAGACUGUUGCCACUGGGAGGGCGUCGGGUGUGAUAGGGAUUCCGGUCAGGUGAUCACUUUGGACCUCAGUGAUCGUAACCUGCGGAGCUUCCGUGGUCUCAGCCCAGCACUAUUCAAUCUCACCUCUCUCACAAGUCUCAGCCUCUCUGGUAACGACUUUGGCCAUAUCAACCUUCCUAAUUUCGGCUUUGAGCGGCUGGUCCAGCUCCUCAGUCUCGACUUGUCUGAUACGAGCUUGGCUGGACAGAUUCCUGGGUUAUUUGCAACAUUCUCUUUCUUAAGAUACAUUGAUCUCUGGGGUGAUAAUUUUGAAGGGAAACUUCCAACAAAAAUCUUCCAGCUAGAAAAUCUGAUAUAUCUUGAUUUCUCGUACAACCCUAGUCUUUUUGUUCAACUACCAAAUUUCUCACCAGGAAAUCAUUUGGAAUCUUUAGAUUUAUGGAAGACAAAUUGUUCUGGUGUCAUACCAGACUCUUUUGUCCAUCUCAAAUCAGAAAUUCUUGGGCCUUACCUACAUAGGAUCUCCCAAGCAGCCCACUGCUUCUUACAUAGCUAACCUUACGUCCCUAAAUACAUUGUGGCUCCAUGGGUCAGGAAUAGAGAAGCCAGUACUCUCUUGGAUUGGAAGACUUCAUAAUCUUACAGACUUGAUGCUGGUAGAUUACAAUUUCUCAGGGCCAAUUCCUUGGUCGAUCAGAAAUUGUACGAAUUUGAUGAGCUUAGACCUCAGUAAUGGCAGUUUAUCUGGGGCAAUACCAUCAUGGAUUGGAAACUUGACCAAGCUUUCAGUGUUGGACCUGUCAAGUAAUAGGCUGAGCGGUGACAUUCCAAAAUGUUUGUUCAAUCUUCCAAAUUUGGAAGGAUUGUCCUUACACUCAAAUCAACUUUCUGGUCACCUUGAAGAUAUUUCCGCACCACUAUCUUCACAUUUUACUUCCAUUUGGUUAAGUUCUAAUCAGCUGAGUGGCCACAUACCCAAAUCAUUCUUUCAGUUGACAAAAAUUGAAGUUAUUUGGCUUCACCCGAAUAAACUGGAGGGCACUAUAGAGCUUAGCCUUCUGUCAGGACUGAAAUAUCUUUCUAUGUUGAGCCUUUCUGACAACAUGCUAUCAGUAAUAGACGGAGAAUAUCUAUUUCCUACCCUGCCUAACAUGCAAGACCUACACCUUGCUUCUUGCAACCUUACAAAAAUACCAAAUAUGUUGAGGCGUCAAUAUGAGAUGGAGGAUGUUGACCUUUCAAGCAAUAAUAUAGAUGGAGUUAUACCAUGUUGGUUGUGGGAGAAUGGGAAGAAUAGCAUGCGGUUCAACCUUUCACACAACAUGUUCGCCUCGAGAAGUGUACACCUCUUAAUCCUACCAUGACGAGUUUGGAUUAUCUUGAUCUUAGUUCCAAUAGACUUGAAGGAAAUUCACCAAUACCACUCAUAACCAGUAUAUAUGGUGGAGUUUUGUAAGAUUACUCCAACAAUAGCUUCUCUUCCAUCACACCGGCGGUGGAUAUACAUAUCAACAACUCCAUCUAUCUUGAUUUGUCAAAGAAUAAACUAAAUGGUCAUAUACCAACUUCACUUUGUGGUGCAAACUAUGAAAUGCUUGACUUGUCAUACAACAACCUUACUGGCUCGGUUCCAUCCUGCUUGAUUCAACAUGGCAAUGUGAAAAUGUUAAAGUUGAGAAACAACCAAUUAAAUGGGAUGUUGCCUGAAAAUAUUGGAGAAGGUUGUAUGCUUCAGCCAAUAGAUUUGAACAGCAACCAAAUUGAAGGGAAAAUACCCAGAUCGCUCUCUAACUGCAGAAGCUUAGAGGUCCUUGAUAUAGGUAACAAUCAUAUUGUUGAUUCUUUCCCAACCUGGUUGGGGAUCCUUUCCAAUCUUCGAGUUCUCAUCUUAAGAUCCAACCAAUUCCAUGGUUCAAUUGGGAGCCCUUCAGAAGGUGUUGCUGCCAGAAAUAUUUUCUCAGGAAUGCAAAUUAUUGAUUUGGCCUCCAAUAACUUUUCUGGGAGCUUAAAUUCAAAAUGGUUUGAGAAGCUAGAGACAAUGAUGACAAACUCUAGUACUGAGGGUAAUGCUCUAGCCCUAGAUAACAGAAGUUCUCCUGGGAAUGAGUACUACCAAGAAAUUCUCACAUUCAAAGGGAUUGAACAUACAUUUACCAAGAUCCUGACCACUUUCAAGAUGAUUGAUUUCUCAAACAAUGCAUUUGAUGGCCCCAUCCCAGACUCAGUUGGGAAGCUUAUUGCUCUACAUGGCCUGAACAUGUCACAUAAUGCCUUGACUGGAGCAAUCCCAUCAAAGCUUGCCAACUUGGCUCAACUCGAGUCACUAGACCUCUCUCAGAACAAGCUCUCGGGGAUGAUCCCACAGGAGCUAAACAUGCUGACAUAUCUUGCAGUGCUGAAUCUAUCAAACAACAAUUUGAGCGGAAUGAUACCAGAAGGGCAGCAGUUUUCGUCAUUCACCAACAGCUCGUUCGAAGGCAAUGAAGGGCUGUGUGGAAGGCCAUUAUCCAAACAGUGCAACAGUUCAGGUACGGGAACCCUCGACUCAUCAGUGUCUUCGCAAGACAGUGUUGGAACCAUAGUGUUGUUUGUGCUUGUGGGAUCCGGUUUCGGAGUUGGAUUUGCAGUGGCAGUUGUGUCGUCAGUGGUUUUUCAGGUCAAACGUUGGAACUGCAAUCAUUUCCUGUUCUACCAAUGAAAUUAUGUGAAUUGGGGUGUGUCAGUGUGUCUGUGUAUCAUGUAUUCAUAUGAGUGUGUAUGAACCUACUUGUAUAAGGUUAAUGCACCUUUUCUCCUUUUCAUAUAUGACUGUAAAGUAAGGGAACAAAAUCAUAGUAUGAGCUUGUACGAACCUGCUUCUUAAGGUUAAUCAAGGUAGAGUCUGUGGUAGACCUUGA